AUGCCCCAUUAUAUCACUCUGGCAACAUGCGCUCUUAAUCAAUGGGCACUUGAUUUUGAAGGGAACAGAGAUCGGAUCCUUGAAUCAAUCAUUCAAGCCAAGAAGAAACAUGCGACUUUGAGAGUUGGUCCUGAAUUGGAAAUUCCUGGAUAUGGCUGUUUGGAUCAUUUCCUUGAAAACGAUGUUUACUUACAUUCUUGGGAAAUGUAUGCGUCGAUCAUUUCAGAUGAGCGGACACAUGGUAUUCUCCUGGAUGUCGGUAUUCCUGUAAUGCACAAAAGCAGAAGAUAUAAUUGUCGGAUUCUUUCCUACGAUGGGAAAAUACUUUUGAUACGCCCAAAGAUUGUGCUCGCCAACGACGGAAACUAUCGGGAGAUGAGAUAUUUCACUCCAUGGCUAAAGACACAGUAUGUGGAAGAAUUCGUUCUUCCUCGCAUGAUACAAAAGAUAACUGGCCAGAUUACCGUGAGAUUCGGAGACGCAGUUAUCAGUACCCUUGAUACAUGCAUCGGUGCCGAGACUUGCGAGGAGCUAUUUACUCCCCAGGCUCCCCACAUUUCACUUGCUUUGGAUGGUGCAGAAAUUUUUACCAAUUCAUCAGGAUCCCACCAUGAACUUCGAAAGCUCGACAUCAGAAUGGCGAUGAUUACCGAGGCAACCAGGAAGUGUGGAGGAAUAUACCUGUAUUCAAAUCAAAAAGGUUGUGACGGAGAUCGCUUAUAUUAUGAUGGAUGUGCACUUAUUGUUGUAAAUGGAAAAGUUGUUGCACAAGGGGCGCAAUUUUCAAUGGAUGAUGUCGAAGUUUUAACCGCAACUGUUGAUUUGGAGGAAGUUCGUGCCUACCGAGCUCUGAUAUCACAUGGCCUUCAGAGCAGAACAUCUCCUAUUUUCGAAAGGAUUCAUGUUCCGAUCGAACUAGGUCCUGACGCGAUCAACUUCGACAUUUCAAUAUCCCCCUCAGUUGAGAGAUCUAUCAAGUAUUACCUCCCUGAAGAGGAAAUUGCUUAUGGUCCUGCUUGUUGGCUUUGGGAUUAUCUUCGUCGCUGUAAAGGCUCAGGAUUCUUCAUCCCCUUGAGUGGCGGAAUUGAUAGUUGUGCGACAUCUGUUAUUGUUCACAUUAUGUGUUGGAUGGUUUUCAAAGCAUGUGAACAAGGAAACUUACAAGUCAGGAAUGAUAUACAGAAAAUAACGAACAUGGGAGAUGAAUGGAGUCCGUCUUCGCCCCAAGAAAUUGCCGACAAGAUCUUUCAUACUUGCUAUAUGGGGACCAAAAACUCAUCUCUUGAGACCCGGACUAGGGCGAAAGAGCUAGCUCACAAAAUUGGAUCUUAUCAUAUUGACUUGAAUAUGGAUGCCCUUGUCACUGCAACUAUCAGUGUCUUUGAGGUUGCUACUGGCCGCAAACCAGUUUUCAAAGUUUUCGGCGGAUCCAUGAUUGAGAACUUGGCAUUACAGAAUAUUCAAGCAAGACUAAGAAUGGUUUUGGCGUACUUGUUUGCACAACUCUUACCAUGGACCAGAGGAAAGACAAACUCUGGUGGAUUAUUGGUUCUCGGGUCUGCAAAUGUUGAUGAACAACUAAGAGGGUAUUUAACGAAAUAUGACUGCUCAUCUGCAGACAUCAAUCCAAUUGGUGGUAUUUCAAAAACAGAUUUGAUCAGGUUCAUUGUUUGGGCAGAAAAGGAGUUUGAACUUCCGAUUCUGAAAGAAUUCAUUGAUGCUACGCCAACAGCAGAAUUGGAGCCGAUUACGGACAGCCACGUUCAGUCUGACGAGGCAGAUAUGGGAUUCACAUAUGAGGAGCUCAGUAUUCUUGGAAGAUUGAGGAAGAUUGACAAAUGUGGCCCAUACUCAAUGUUUAUCAAAUUGUUACAUAUUUGGAGCGACCGCAAGUCACCUGAAGAAAUUGCAGACAAAGUCAAGAGAUUCUUCUGGUAUUACAGUGUCAAUAGACAUAAACAGACAGUCAGCACACCAUCUUAUCAUGCGGAACAAUACUCACCGGAUGAUAAUCGCUUCGAUUUGAGACCUUUCUUGAUCGACCCUAGAUUCAGCUGGGCACGGCAAAAAAUUGAUGGGGUCCUUGCCAAAAUGAAAACCGAUGGAAAACUGAGCACAAUGUCUAUUGACUGA